AUGGCUAAGCCCUCGCUGGUUUUCGGCACCGUCCUCGCGGCGUGCCUUGCGCUCGCCGCGGCCGACUGGUCUCCGGCGCACGCCACGUUCUACGGCGGGAACGACGCCUCCGGCACAAUGGGUGGCGCUUGCGGGUACAGCAACCUGUAUGACCAGGGGUACGGCGUCGACAACGCGGCACUCAGCACGGCGCUGUUCAACGACGGCGCGUCGUGCGGGCAGUGCUACCUCAUCAUCUGCGACACCAGCAAGACGCGGUGGUGCAAGCCCGGCACCGCCGUCACCGUCUCGGCCACCAACCUCUGCCCGCCCAACUGGGCCCUCCCCAGCGACAACGGCGGCUGGUGCAACACGCCGCGGCAGCACUUUGACAUGUCGCAGCCAGCCUGGGAGAAGAUCGCCAUCUACCGCGCCGGCAUUGUGCCCGUGCUCUACCAGCGUGUCAAGUGCUGGCGCCAGGGCGGGGUCAGGUUCACCAUCGCCGGCUUCAAUUACUUCGAGCUCGUGCUCAUCACCAACGUCGCCGGCAGCGGCUCGGUGGCCAUGGCGUCCAUCAAGGGCUCCAACACGGGGUGGAUCCAGAUGUCCAGGAACUGGGGUGCCAACUGGCAGUGCCUCUCCGGGCUUGCCGGCCAGGCGCUGAGCUUCGCCGUCACGACCACCGGCGGGCAGUAUCUGCUCUUCGAAAACGUCGUGCCGGCUUGGUGGAAGUUCGGCCAGACGUUCACCACGUACAAGCAGUUCGACUAUUGA